AUGAGCACGCCCAACAUUAACCAGCUCGUGGGGGAUGCGGCCGGCGGGAACCACGCCAAGUUUAACCGGAGCUCCUCCGUUGGCCCCGGGAUCGCGGCCAGCAACCUCAACCCGCAGCAGCGCAACCGCCGCGCUCUCUACGUGAACCUCCCGUUCUUCAGCGUGUACGGAAUGCAGUACCGCGAGAAGAGCAUCGCGAAGUCUCUCUCCAAGCUGAGCCUCACGGACCUGGACAUCGCGGGACAGGCCAAGUACCUGGAGGGGGCUGAAGCAGAGGGGGUGGAGGAUGAGGUGGUGGUGACCUGGCCGCUCGUCACCGCGGUGCUCGUGGCCGUCCUCCUCGAGUUCCUUGUAGGCUUCAACAUCGGGGUCAUGAAUGCCCCAGAGGAGGUGGUGUUCCCCGGACACACGACGACGGAGUGGUCGCUCGCCGUUUCGGUGUUCGCCAUCGGCGGGCCGUUCGGCGCGAUCCUGGCCGGAACGGUCUCGAACCGAAACGGGCGGAGGGGGGCCAUCAUCGUCAACACGUGGAUGUACCUCAUCGGGGGCCUGCUGUUCGCGCUUGCGCCGACCGUGCUCUGGCUUGUGCCUGCGCGCUUCAUGAUCGGUUUCGCCUGCGGUUUCUCUUCCGUGGUCGUGCCCAUAUACCUCGGGGAGCUCGCGCCGCCAACUCUGCGGGGUACCCUCGGCACGAUGACGCAGUUCGCGCUGGUGAUCGGGAUCCUCGGUUCCAACCUGCUGGCGUUCCCCCUCGCCACCCCCUCCGGCUGGCGCUGGAUGUUCGCCGUGACGCCGUUCCUGGCCCUCGUGGAGCUUGUGUGCAUCCCUUUCAUAUUGGAAAGCCUUAGGUGGCUCCUGGCGAAAGACCAGUACUCCAUGGAGGCAAGGCUUGCCAUCGGCAAGCUCAGGGGACUCACGGAUGACAACGAUAUUCAGAUCGAGAUCGACCACAUUCUGGAGGCCUCGAGCGCGCAGAGAACAAGCCACACCAGCGCUCACUCGCGAGGCGCCGUCCUGGACCUCUUCAUGGACAAGCGGCAACGCCUUCUGGUGGUGUCGUUCUUGAUACUCCACGCGGCGCAGCAGCUGACGGGGAUCAACGCCGUCUUCUACUACUCGAACAGCUUCUUCGUUGGCAUCAUCGACAACCCGCUGAUUGGCACGACGCUGGUCGGGGUGGUUAACGUGGUCGCCACGUACGUUGCCCUCCAACUCAUGGACAAGACGGGGCGGGUCCCGCUGAUGAUGUGGAGCGCGGGAGGCAUGCUCGCGUCGACCGUGGUCGUGACCCUGUCGCUGCUGGGCAUGCUGCCCAACGUGAUCGCCGUGUUCGGGGUGAUGGCCUUCGUGACGUUCUUCGAGAUGGGUCUCGGCCCCAUCCCCUGGCUCAUCGUCGCGGAGAUGUUCGACGCGAAGGCAUUUUUGUUGGCGGGUGGUUGUUGUAAUCCGAUGUUUUGUCUAUUGAGGGUACUCCUGGAGAGAUAUGUUUGAUUGGGUCGAGAAACAAGACAAUGGAGGGGCGGCACAUGGAUGCGUGAGGUGUGUAUACAUGCGCUCAUGAAAGCCUUGACGACGUCAGAGCAUGGACGGACGGUUGUGGUGUUGUUGCCCAAAGUUUUGGGUGAGUGAGCUUGUCGGUGCGCGCUUGUCGUCACAAUCAUCCCUUGGUGCGCUGUAGCCGUGGUUGGGCCUCGGGAGCGGUCGGAUGAUGCCAGACGCGGACGGAGAGCGGGGGAGGAGGCGGUGCUGCUGCUGCGGGAAAGCUUGACUGUCAGCUCUUGUUUGCUUCCUCCACGUCUUUUCCAACCCUCGUCGUGAUGUAGGGUGUGGGUGGAUUCGGUGUUCAUGGCGUUGAUUUUGAGAGGAGUAACAGACGCGAGAGAGAGUAGUAGUGAGCACGGAACGAUGAACGUACAUAUAUCUAUCUGCUUUUGAUGGCAUAGCGACGUCUAAACAUUUUGGAGUGGUGGUGGUGGUGGUGGUAGUGGUGGUGGUGGUAGUAAAGGUGUGGUUGUAGCGCUGGCGACUUUGCUUUUUCAUCCUUUGGUGAGGAUUUCAAUGUCUUGUAUGCUUCGGCUGUGAUACUCACACACGCGAGAACGUACGAAGAUGGUGACGCGGUACCUUUUUUUAUGUUAGGUUUGCAACAGGCGGGGGCCAUCAUUCGGCCCAACCUGGAAAUGCGGUGCGUUUUCAAUGAAACGCUAACCUUUAGCCUUUCACCGUCCUCCUUGAGAACAGGGUGAAUCAAC